UGGGGGUGUUGGGCCAUUCAAAAAUAGUUACGUGGAUCGUCUGCUGUUGAGGAACAAAAACAUUGGUUGCAAUUUAUUUUCUUAUUAUAUAUUGUCGUCACAAAAUACACAUCAUCAGUAUCAAAUUUAAAGACAAGUAAUAUGUGAAGUAAUAAUUACAACAAUGCGGGGGUUCAAAGGGACAUUAUAUAGUGAAGUUUUAGUAUUAUUUGUUAAUUUAUACAUAGUUUAUUGUCACGAUUUGAAAGCUUUCGAUGACACGGUGCUUUUUAAAAUAAACUGGCCGGGCAAAAGUAGUGCAGAAUUAUUGGAACCUGAAAAUGUGGAACCUUAUUUUAUCACCACAGCUAACAAUGAGAAAUAUCAGUGUUUUAUUCCCGACACGAAUAAACAGGAGAGUGAUCAGGGAGAAACGUACACGGGACCAAAUCCGAUUGAAAUCCUGACUCCACUUUUUAAUCAGAAAAGCUGCUCGUAUCGUUUAGAGUCGUACUGGACCUAUGAAUUAUGUCACGGACGACAUGUACGACAAUAUCACGAGGAGCGUGAAGGAAAAAAGGUGAAUCUCCAAGAAUUCAGUUUAGGAACAUUUGAUAAGACACAAAAAAUAAAAAUGUCCAGUGAUUAUGAUGAAUUGGCGAAAAAUCCAAAUCGCAAGACACACAUUCCAAUGAAGAAGGUCGACGGUAUUAAUAUGCCGUACGUGGAAAUUGAUAUGAGCGAUGGGACAAUGUGCGAUUUAAAUAAUAAGCCAAGAUCAACGAAAGUUCUCUACGUUUGCUAUCAACAUGGAAAGCACGAGAUUUUUUCACUCAAAGAAAUUUCCAGUUGUGAAUACGAGGCUGUUGUAUUGUCGCCACUUCUCUGCAGUCAUCCCGAUUAUAAGCCACAAAACACCGGUGAAAAUGACAUUAACUGUCGUCCCGUUGAUGACGCUCCCAAAAGGCCUAAAUCACUCUCGCAACUCGACGCCGAGAGUCUUAAAUUGAGACAUCAGAAAAUUCCGGAUGAUGAUAAGAAGCAGAAAGUCUAUGCGAUAUUCCAUGUAGAUAAGGAAGGACAGGAUGGAGAAACACGUGUGCGAGUUGAAAUACGUCCAAUGGAUAUUCUUGACAAACAUUACAAUAUUGAUGAGACGGUGAAUAAUUUAGUGGAUCAGGAAUUGAAUUUAGCGAAGGACAAUCCUGUUCAAAACUUUUUGAGUGGGAAAAAUUGCCUAAAUGGAGGAAAUGGAUGGUGGAAAUACGAAUUCUGUUAUGGCCGGUCAGUUAUGCAAUAUCAUUUGGAAAGAGAUGGAACGAAGACAACUGUCGAUUUGGGGAAAUUUGACAAAGAAAAGCAUUUAAAAUGGAUCGAGGCUCAUCCUCACAAGAAGCCGAAACUUCUCGCUCAAGGAAAACAAUUGUCACAUUUUUACAGCGAUGGAAGUAUUUGCGAUAAAACCGGAAAACUUCGACAAACCGAGGUAAAAUUGAAAUGCGUGACAAAUCCCCUCGGCAGUCAAUCGAGUGUUUCACUAUUUCUUCUCGAGCCAAAAACAUGUGAAUAUAUUUUAGGCGUUGAAUCGCCGCUGAUUUGCAAUAUUCUUCAAUACGCGGACAAUGAAACGGGUUUAAUUAGUGAAAAUGCCUUUCAAACAUUAGAAAGUAAAAAGACAAACUCUGACGAGAAGGAAGAAAUUUUGAAGAGAUUACAAAAUCGCGAAGAUGAAUUAUAAAAAAAAAUACAAACUUCUUAUAAUCA